GUUUGUGGACGUUUGCAUAUUUUGACGUUGCUGAUUAACGUCAUUCUACUGUUUUCCUGGAUAAUUCCCCUGGGCCUGCUUUAUUUUCGUUGUUUUAUCCCUUGUUUUUAGGUGUUCUGUGAUUUUCAAUACAAAAAUGAAUUCCGAUUGGGAGGAGAUCAAGAGAUUGGCAGCCGAUUUCCAAAAAGUCCAACUUACGUCAACUCUUCAAAAACUUUCCGAACGAAAUUGUAUCGAAAUCGUGACGUUGCUUGCUGAGAAAGGACUUAUUGAUGUUGUCUACACAAACGAUGGAAAGGAGUACAUCACUCCGGAACACUUGGAGCGUGAGAUCCUUGAUGACCUUUACAUGCAUGGUGGACGUGUGAAUCUUGUCGAGUUGUCGAAAGAUUUGAACGUGGACUUGUCGAAAAUCAACAAAGUAGCGGAGAAAAUCGCUGCCGAACACAAGACCAUUCACUUCCUUCUUGGACAACUUAUCGAUGAGGAUUACAUCACACGAAUUGCAACUGAAAUCAAUGAAAAGCUCACCCAGAAUGGCGAGAUUUCUAUUUCCGACUUGACUGCUCAAUUUGAUCUACCAACGGAGUUUUUGCAGCGUAAGGUUGUGGAGAAGCAUUUAGGGAAAAUAAUCCGUGGACGCCAGGACCCCAACAAUCCAAGGAUUUUGUUCACACAAGCGUACAUUGCUCGUUGUAAGGCGAAAAUACGAGGCGGAUUAGCAGCUCUAACUCGGCCAACACCUGUUUCGGCUAUUCUUCAACAGAUAAAUAUUCAAGAGAGGAUAUUCCACUCUCUAAUUGAAGAAAUAGCGCCAGCUGGCAAUGUGACUUCGAAAAUUUCUAGCGCGCAGUACAUUCCGCAUAUUUAUGCGAAAAUGCAGACUAAUUGGGUGAACUCAUUCUAUAAUCAAAAUGGGUUUUUGGAAUAUGAUUCCAUUUCAAAACUCGGAAUUUCAGAUCCUAAGCAGUUCAUCAAAAAACAAUUCCCAUCGGAAAAUAUAACAUUUUUGAAAAGGUGCGCCGUUGGUCCAAAAAUCACCGAAUUAACAUUCAUGACAGCUAUAAACGAGUGCCAUGUGACAAAAAGUUAUGUCGACUUGUCGACCCUAUUACCUUCCAUAAUGUCUCCGGAAGACAUUGAGGAGCUAUUUACCACAUUAGUGCCGGCAAAUGCUCAAUCGAAUUAUGUUUUCCUUGAUAAUGUUGUAUUUUCAAAGCAAUAUCUCAACCAAUUAAUUGAGCCGUGCAAUGCGAUUGCCACCGCUAAUGCGAAAACGGCCAUUGAAAGCGGAGCGUAUCAACAGUAUGUGGUUGAGAAACAAAUUGCAUCUUCAAGAAGUGCUGGGAAUCAUGAUGAGGAUAUUGUAGAUGUGAAAGCCGACAGAAGAGAUGAGAGAAGGAAGAAGGCCGCUACGGGUAAAGGGGGCGGCGGAACUCAGGGACGAGAAACAAAAACGAAAUCCACUAAAAAGCAUACACGCGGAGCUGACAAAGCGGCGAAGGAUUCCGAUGACGAAGAUUCAGCUCCUACUAGGAAAGGAAAGCAGUCACUUGAAUUAGUGUCAUCAAAGGACAUCGAACAGGUUAUCAAUAACAAACUAGAAGAGGAGGGAUUGGACCAUUUGACGGAGCAAAUAGCUAAAUUGUAUCAUAUGCAAAUUAACAACACCGCCUUGUCAGCAGCCCAAAGUCUUUUCGAAGCAAACCCACAAGGUCAACGCAGACAAACCCAUGCUUCUCUCCAGGAAAAACUCAAUGUGUUGUUGGUUGAUAUUCGCUUGUAUGAGAAAGGCCUCAAACUCUUGCCGGCUGAUACACAGCCCCAACUAGUCAAAUAUCUUCUCAAGUCUCUCGGAACGGAUAUUUGCAACGAAAUCACUUUAUAUGUAGCGAAUGAAUGCAAUUUAAAUAUUAAAAAUUCUUCCAAUCUAACUGUGGAACAACGAAAUAAAAUUGCUCAAGAAUGUGAUCCUGAAUACAAAACGGCUAUAGCUGAACUGAACAAAUCGCUAAACAAAACAAUAGAUGACUUCCUGGUAGCAACCGAGGAAGCGAUGAAAGUUUGUAGUAUGAUCAUCAAAAAGAUCGAUAAGAAGAAGGAUCGAUCCAUAAUUCUGCAACACAAAGAUAAAUUGUGCCAGCAAGUGAAAGAGACGGAAGAUCCUGCUAUAAUAUUGCACCUCGUAGUUCUUAUUCUAUUUACAAGUUGUUCGAAUGCAAUAAUUCAUGCUUCAGGGAAAUUCGUUUCAAAUAUAUUGCAAUACCUCCAGCCACACUUGAACGCUGAACAGAAUAAUAUCCUGAAACAAUUUCAUGAUUUAGUACUCAAACUUCUGAUUGCUGGAAGUGACUCAGAUGAAGCUAAGAAUGCUCUAGAGGAACUGAAGGACAUUCAGAAAAAAGCAAUUGAACUUGCACUAAACUUUGAAAAACCCGGUAUCGUGAAAGCUGAUUAAAUAUGGCGGAAUUCUCUUGGAAUUGUAAAUAUUUACAGAGCAGACAGUUUUUUUUAACAAAAUUUGAAUAAAAAGCAGCAAGUUGAAUAGUU